UUAUAUCACAAAUAAAUGGGAUUUUGAAUGUUUGUGUGCGCCAACCAAUGUAUAAAAUACACUGUAGGAUUAUCAUAAGUUCUCAUUCUCUUCUGUGUUCAAGUCUGAAUCAAGUGAUAUCCUAAAUGAAGCUGUUUAUAUCAAUUCUGACACUUUUGUCUUUUUUGCUAAUUGGUCAGAUCGAUUGUAAUGAUGUGUCAUUUUCAACAAUUGUGGACCAAUUUUAUAGAAAGGCGUCUAAAAAAGGAUUCGAUUUGCAACCGAAUUUGAGUUUUAUAGUCAGAUUUCCCUAUUACAAAAGAAUCCUAGGAAAAUGCAAUGCACCUGUGAAGGAAUUUCUCGAUCAUACUAAGUUCCUUCGAAUACAGAACACCUUACCGUCUUUGAAAAAAGACAUUGUUUUAAUUUACAAUAAUACAAUAAGAACACGUUCUUUAUACGAUAAAAUUAUCAGAGCAUUAGAAUUCAAAUUGCCGAUCGAAAGCGAUAAAAUUCUUAAAAAAUCGUAUGAAAAAUGGGAGAAAGAUCCAGACAUUGACAUGGCAAUUUUGAACGAAAUAAAAAACUCGAUGAUUGCUACACAAUUGGAAUGUUCGGUAUAUAUUGAAAGGUGUAGAGAACACAUGAACGCAGCCGAUAAAAUAAAACUUAAUGUUGAAGAAUUCUUUGACUCAGCUAAUACUUCAUUUGAUAAUAUUUUCACACAAAAUUCAACCACUCUUAAUAAUGCAAAACACAUUGUUCAAGAAGCAGGAAAAAUAUUGGCUUCGAUUAAGAAAGAACAGAACAAGUUGUUUAUAAUGCUUUACAAAGUGAUAUUUAUUUUAUCAUUUUAUAACGAUCUACGGAUGACGUACGUUGAGUACAUAGUGGGAUUGAGAGAUUCAAUUACAUCGGAAAUUCGAAACGAAUAUGAAGAAAUCCAUUUCUAAGUGUGGUGAAGUGCAACGAUGAAAUAUUAACAAAGUGCAUAAUUCAAGUGAACAUUUUGAAUUAUGUUCAUUUCAAAUUUAAAAAAUUGAAUUUCUACAAAAAAUUGAUUGGAAUAAAUGACUCCUUCUUUGUAUAUUUUCCAUACUAA